AUGCUCACGUUGGGAAUCUACAAAAGAGCUUUUGCGCGAAAUGUUCUACCAAGUAUAAGAUUUAAUUCAACAAAAACCGUACAACCAAUAUCUUGGGUCGAUUUUUUUCAAUUGAAAAAACAAAGCAAUAGAAUAAAUUUAAUAAGCGGCAUAUUCACAGGUAUUGGAGGUGCAGUAUUAACAUUAAGUUAUUUGGGAAAUAUAGAAAUUGAUGUUGAGAAACCAAUAUAUGGAUUUGAUCCAAUUUUAGUAUUAGGUGGAGCGGUAGUAUUAGGAGGAUUUGCUGGAUUUUUAGUUGGACCAACAUUUGGUUCAUUAGUAUUUAAAGCUAUCAAUAAAUCAAAGUUACAAGCAUUUGAAAAUAAGAAUAGUUUCUUUUUGAGUAGAUUAAAAAAUAAAAGACCGGAUCCUUCAAGUCAAAGUUUCUCAAAUCCUAUACCUGAUUAUUAUGGUGAAAGAAUUUAUUCGUUGAAAGAUUAUAGACAAUGGUUAAGAGAUUGUAAUGCAUUCAGAAGAAAAGCAAAAGAAUUCCUUUGA